AUGUCGAGUCUAGCGAGGAGACGUAAAACCUCGGUGUUAGGCUCGAAAAGAUGGUGGCAGGGUGGCUGCUGGGCCACCAGGAGCCACCAGGAAGCCUAUCUUCGCAAGUUGUACGCCAGGAAAAACGACCAGGUUAGCAAGAUCGACGACGACUCGGCAAAUCGACGUGACUCAACCGCUAAUUGGACUCCCGGUGCUGUCUACGAAUUACCAACCACCGAUGAACACUAUUUGGACGCGUUUCUAAGGAAUCGUGAGGAUGGAAACGAAGAGGAUGACGUUGUCGGAGUGGUCGUCGGUUGUCCAGCUUUGGCUACGGGCAGGGCUAGCCCAACGGAGAAAUGCGUGGAGUACUUGAACGGCGCUCACGAUGCUGUGGCGUUCGAAAACGAGCGCAGAAUCGCAGGGGAGCCGGUGGCCACCGAUUGCGGCUCCCUGCAUUCGGGUUACGAUGUCGCCGCCUCUGCAGAGAAGGUGUGCAGAAGCUGCAGGUGUCCCAGGGAGGAGCAUCAGCGGACCUCGACGGAGGCGGGCGGUCCCUCGGGACUCGGCCUCGGUCCUGGUCCGCCGAUGGCCAUGGCCAUGGCAUUUCCGAGCGGGGCCGCGGGUUCUUCUCACCAGGAACCGUUCAAGAGUCCUGUGCAACCAGCACCGCCUGGCCUCGCUCUUCAGGAGGCUCUGAUGCAUCAUCAGAGGCACUCACAGAGCGACGAUGACAGCGGAUGCGCGCUCGAGGAGUACACGUGGGUGCCGCCUGGCCUCAGGCCGGAUCAGGUACACCUGUACUUCAGCGCGCUACCGGAAGACAAGAUCCCGUACGCGGGCAGCGCCGGCGAGAGGGAGCGGGUGAAGCAGCUGCUGCAGCAGCUACCGCCGCACGACAACGAGGCGCGGUACUGCAGCGGGCUGAGCGAGGAGGAGAAGCGGGAGCUGAGGGUGUUCGCCGCUCAGCGGAAACGCGAGGCUCUGGGACGGGGACACGCGAGCCAACUGGACAGGUCCCACGGCGCCGGAUGCCGGGAGUGCAGCAGGCCGAUCGCGGCUGGCGAGAUGGCGGUCGCCGCGAGCCGCGCCGGACCGUCCGCCCUCUGGCAUCCGGCCUGCUUCGUCUGCUGCGUGUGUAGGCAGCUGCUCGUCGACCUGAUAUACUUCUGGAGAGACGGCAGACUCUACUGCGGCAGGCAUCACGCGGAAACGCUGAAACCGAGAUGCUGCGCAUGCGACGAAAUCAUACUAGCCGACGAGUGCACCGAGGCUGAGGGAAGGGCAUGGCACAUGAGGCAUUUCGCUUGUCUCGAGUGCGAUCGACAGCUCGGCGGGCAGAGGUACGUGAUGAGGGAGGGUAGACCUUAUUGUCUCCGGUGUUUCGACGCCUCGUUCGCGGAGUACUGCGACAGCUGUGGCGAACCGAUCGGCGUUGAUCAGGGGCAAAUGUCGCACGAGGGUCAGCACUGGCACGCGACCGAGGCUUGCUUCUGCUGCGCCACAUGCCGCACGUCCCUCCUUGGACGACCGUUCCUGCCGCGAAGAGGUGCCAUUUAUUGCAGCAUAGCCUGUAGCAAAGGGGAACCACCGACGACACCGAGCGACUCCUCCGCUGGACCUCCCCCUCCACCUUCUUUCCUCAGAACUGGUCGGAGGCAACCACCACCCAGCGAAGGUUCCUCAAGUCCACCGCCUCCUCCACCACCUCCACCUCCACCCGGAUCGAGACACACAUUGGGUUCACCGCGAAAUUCACCUCGAAUGAACAGGAAACAUCAUCAGACGUCUACCUCUCUGGCGACGACACCCACGCAGAGCACGCUGAGUCCUGAGUUCGUGACUGAAGGAUUCCCCUCGAGUGGUUCCAGGCCCAGUGGCCUUGACAGGGUGCUCCUGGAGAGGAAUCUCGAAAGACUGCUCCAGGAACGUAGCACCCAUCCCGAGGAGAACCGCACUGAACUGGGAAGGCUGAUGCAGGCAAGAGACCGAGAACCUCUGAGAUGUGUUCAGAACUGCACUCCUUCCCACGCGUCGAGCAUGCCAGAACUGCCACCGCCGCCGCCUAGGCCGUCGUCGGGGGCGUCCGCGUCGGCGUCAACGUCCACAUCGACCGGCGUCGCGGUCACCGUGCCCGGGGGGUUGUUGGCACAGGAGUCGGCGACAUCGCCGACGACCCUUGUCGUCGGCCAGGCCGAUCCACCGACGCCGACGUCGCGACGCGUGCGGUUCCAGGGGGAUCUGGAUGUGAACGAUCAUGCCGCGUCGUCGUCGUCGCGUGUCCCCCUACCCACUGCCCACGACAGGAAUUCCUCGUCCUCCCCAUCCCCACCCCCGGCCGUUCUCUUAAGAACGAAUGUGUCUCGUUCGAGAAGCUUGCAGCCGGAGGAAGUCGCCAGCACGUCCGCCUGGGGUAUGGCAGGAAGCUCAAAAUCGAGAAUGGAAGGUGAGGAUGACGACAUCGAGUCCUGCUGUUCCACCUGCAGCUCGUCUAGUAGUUCAGACGAGGCUGCUGCAUACGCCUUGCCACCGAGAAGAGCAUAUGGCGGCGUUAGAAUUUCUUAUGUGCCGAACGACGCAGUAGCGGCCGCGAGGAAACGCACACCCACCUCCACCACUCCGAAUCAAAUGCAGAGGGACUCGGAGAAAUGUGUCGUGUCUUGAUGUCUCGUUAGAGAAUUUGGAAUUGCCAUGUCGAUGUGUUCGAUACAAUUGAUAUCGAUGGAAACACGCUUUUGUUUUGCAGUCACGUGACGUGAAAAAAAGAGGUUAGAAUGUCGAGAACGAUCGAGCAACGCGAAAGACGAACGAACGCGAGACAACACAGAGUUCCUAAAAACGGCAUAAACUGAGUUCGAGACGUCUUCCGUGGUCGAGGCUCGAUUUUCUUCGUUGUAAAAUCGGACUCCCGAGAGAGAGAGGAUUUUUAAUUAUAUUCGUGUACAUAGUGAACGUACUUCCGAAACGAUCGCUCGUGAACACCGGACACAGUCGCGAGGAUCGCGCUUCUCCUUCUAUUUUUAUUACCCCCCGUUGAACGUAUUUGAUAAUAAUAACGAUGAUGAUAACGUUAUAUUUUAUUACCAUUGCCAUUCCCGCUGCGUAAACGACAGAGUUAAACCAGCGUCGCGUGCUUGUUUAAAACCGGAUCGUUCCGCUUCGACCUGCUUGUUCAGAUGUCGCUCUGAGCUAAGAGCAUCGGUCGAAAAGCGGGCUCUGCUCUACACGAGGCAGAGACAGUAUUUAAUCGUGAUGCGACCGCAUGACGUUACGCUGUAAGUACAAAUGACGAGCGU